UUCCAUCCCCUCAUUAACCUCUUCAUCUCAUUCCACUACUCAUAAUACUCUUCAUUCAUUCAAACUUCUUUCUUUCUUCUUUCAUACACACACAAAACAAACAUGGGUGUGGAUGUUGGACCUGUGUUCAACUCUUCAAUGAAUGUUGAAACCUUAGAACAUGGUCACUCUCUCCAUACUUCUUCUUCUAUGUUCUUUGAUGAUGAUGGCAAACCAAAGAGAUCAGGCAAUGUAUGGACAGCAAGUGCACAUAUUAUCACGGCGGUGAUCGGUUCCGGUGUAUUGUCACUGGCGUGGGCGAUAGCGCAGCUCGGUUGGGUUGCCGGACCGGCCGUGAUGUUUUUAUUCAGUUUUGUUAUAUAUUACACUUCUACACUCCUCUCCGACUGCUACCGCUCCGGUGACCCUGUCACCGGAAAGCGGAACUAUACAUACAUGGAUGCUGUUAGAGCUAAUCUUGGUGGUAUCAAGGUGAAGAUUUGUGGAUGGAUUCAAUACAUCAAUCUUUUUGGUGUUGCAAUUGGAUACACUAUUGCUGCUUCUAUUAGUAUGAUGGCAAUUGAGAAAUCAAAUUGUUUCCAUAAAAAUGGAGAUGAUAGUCCUUGCCAUACUUCAAGCAACAUGUACAUGAUAAUCUUCGGUGUGACUGAGAUAAUUUUCUCGCAAAUUCCCGACUUCGAUCAGAUUUCCUGGCUGUCGAUGGUCGCCGCGGUUAUGUCUUUUACUUACUCCUCCAUCGGUCUUGGUCUUGGAAUUUCGCAAGUUGUUUCUAAUGGAGGCUUUAAGGGUAGCGCAACCGGAGUGAGCAUUGGUUCAGUCACUGAGAUGCAAAAGAUUUGGCGAAGUCUCCAAGCUUUCGGUGACAUUGCCUUCGCGUACUCCUACUCAAUCAUUCUCAUCGAAAUUCAGGACACAAUCAGAGCGCCGCCACCCUCUGAGGCAAAGGUGAUGAAAAGAGCAACACUACUGAGUGUGGCUGUGACAACCUUCUUCUACCUUCUUUGCGGUUGCAUGGGCUAUGCUGCUUUCGGAGACGCCUCCAAAGGCAACCUUCUCACUGGCUUCGGCUUCUACAACCCUUAUUGGCUCCUUGACAUUGCCAACGCCGCCGUCGUUGUCCAUCUUGUCGGAGCUUACCAAGUCUAUUGCCAACCUCUUUUCGCCUUCAUCGAAUCAUGGGCAAUCAAACAGUUCCCCAACUCCGACUUCAUCACACGAGAAAUUUCGGUGUCUUACUGGCCCUCUAAAACUUACAAGCUCAACGUCUUCCGCUUAGUUUGGCGUACAGCUUUCGUCAUUCUUACUACCAUAAUUUCCAUGCUCUUGCCUUUCUUUAACGACGUCGUCGGACUUCUCGGUGCCCUCAGCUUUUGGCCACUCACCGUAUAUUUUCCGAUAGAGAUGUACAUUGUUCAAAAGAAGGUUCCUAGAUGGAGCACAAAAUGGGUGUGUCUACAAAUGCUAAGCUUAGCUUGCCUUAUGAUUUCCAUCUCCUCCGCCACCGGCUCGAUCGCCGGAGUUGUCGGAGACCUUGGGGUCUACAAGCCCUUCAAAUCAAACAACUAAUCAUUGUAUCAUUGCAUGCAAUGUUAGCCAAUUAGCUCCUACUUCAUGCCACCGUAGCAUACCAAAGAAGACUUACAAUCAUGCAUGUGUGUACUACUAUAAUUACCACUACUACUUACGUACUGAGUUUUUGUUUUACCAACUUUGAUUUCUUUGCUUGUAAUUCCUUGAAGCAAAUGGAAAUUAUUAGUCAAAAGAGCAAAAAGAAGAUGUGAAAUUGUUGUGCUUGGAAUUGGAAUGAAGAUCUAGAAAAAGAGAGAUUCUGUGCACAAACUUUGAAAUUUUUGGUAUCUUUGUUGGAGUUAAGAAAUUAAAGAGUGGUGGUGGGUUGGUGGUUUUUAUCUUCCACACAUGUUUCAAUCAGAAAAACACUUUUAAUGGAACCUUUGAAGUA